UCAUAGUGAUCCCAAAAAUAUUUCACUCCUCACAAGUCUUCUUGUGCCUACAUCACAACACAUUAUAAUUUCCACACUCCAAAUUCUUACCAAUCAAAACAAGACAAACCCCACUUUCAAGACUUAACAAAUUAACGUACACACUUACACACAAACACACAUUCCUUACUCAUUUCCUAAGAACAUCCUACCAAAUAGUCUUCCAAAUGAUAUUCCAACUGAAAGAGACCCUAAAAUAUUGGCUAAUAGACCAUCCAUCCAUAGUUUGGUUCCGAUGGAGUCCGACCCAAUCAUGGGGCGGCACAUGGCCAUUCCUCGUCACAGCCAUCGCCGCUUAUAUAACUGCGGCACUCACCCUCCACAUCAUCCUUAAGAUCUUCAAACGCAGUCAGGCUGUCCGACUGGGGCCUAUUCCCGCAAUCCACUACCUAAUGAUGUCACUAAUCUCUAUCACAAUUUUCUCCGGCAUGCUAUUCUCCGCGGCUGCAGAACUCCACGACACACGAUGGCUACUCCGGAGAACUAAAACCACCCCUUUUGAAUGGUUCCUUUGUUUCCCACUUGGUAUGCGUCCAUCUGGUCGUGUUUUCUUCUGGUCUUACAUUUUCUACCUCUCAAGGUUUCUUCAUUUGUUUCGAACCUUCUUUGUCAUUCUCCGUCACCGGAAACUUUCAUUUUUCAGGCUAUUCAACAACUCCAUUCUCUUGAUCAGUUCUUUUCUAUGGCUUGAAUUUUCACAGUCUUUUCAGGUUCUUGGGAUUUUGCUCUCAACUUUGGUUUAUUGUUUGGUUUAUGGCUAUAGAUUUUGGAUUGAAAUUGGGUUGCCAAGUAAGAAUUUUUAUUUCACAGUGAAUUGUCAAAUGAUUUUGUUGGGUUGUAAUUUGGUUUGUCAUUUUGGUGUGCUUUGGUUGCAUUUAUGGAGAGGUGGGUGUAACGGAAUUGGAGCUUGGGUUUUCAAUUCUGUUUUGAAUGCUGCUAUUCUUUUCCUCUUUUUGAAGUCCUAUGUCAAUGUUCAUUGUCAAAAGAAGAACAAUAGCACCUAUAAUAGUACAUGUGAUCAAAGUUUUAAAUUGCAGUAACAAUUGAGUUCGUAUCACAAUACAAUCUUUGAUAUUAGAUAGGAUUGUGUUUAAAUUAAGCUGGAUAUUCGUCCUCGUUAGCUUUGAUGUCCUGAUCAAAAUAGCGGCCGCAAAAUCUAUGGAUGAGGAUGACUGGUCUAGCGGAAUGAGCUAGUCUCUCAAGAUGUGGCGAAUUAAAAUUCGAAAUUCAGCCGGGAGAGGUGUCAUAUUUAGUGUCUCAAAUAUGAUUAGUUCUAUUGGAGGAAAUUUGUGAAAAGCUUUAUUGCUGAGGCAAAGAUUUAGGUUCCCAAUUGCUGCAAAUUUUGGUCUUCAGUUUUUAGUUUGAUUAGGUACACCUUUGUCUCUUUAAAAAUCUUGAGACAUGUAAUAGGACACAAAACGUAUUUCACACAUAUAUAUUAUAUAGUUUGUAAAAAUUUAAUUGGUGACUUCCUAAUUGAAAAUAUACAAAUAUGUAGUGCAGUUAAAAAGUAAACUUUCU